UCGUGUAACCUAGUAGACGUUUAUUGAGGUGUUUGCUGCCUAACAUUUUCAGAUCAGUGAUAUUUAUUGUACCCAAAGAAUAAAUGCUCCUUAAAAAUUUCCGCCUCCCGCCAUUCAAUUUAGCGUUGAGCGUUUUACGCUCUGUGAGUUCAUGUGUUUUCGACUCAAUGUAAUACCAUUGCUUCAACCCCUCUAAGAAGUAAUUGGACCGGUAACGUGGUACGCAUGCGCCGAAGAUCUUCUAUUCAUAGUACCCAUUUUGGUCACAUGUGAGUAUUUGGAAGAAGCUUAAUAUUUUAAUAAAUAGUGAGAUAUUAGUGGUUUUAUCAGAGAUUUUGGAACGUUUUAUCGCGUGAUUACUUUGAAGUGUCCUCAUAAUCGAAGAGCAAGUUCUAAGAUAUAAUCAUCAUGGCAGAUAUUGAGGACACCCAUUUUGAAACUGGAGACUCAGGUGCAUCCGUUACUUACCCCAUGCAGUGUUCUGCUCUUCGCAAAAAUGGGUUUGUCAUGCUCAAGUCACGCCCGUGCAAAAUCGUUGAAAUGUCAACCUCCAAGACUGGUAAGCACGGCCAUGCCAAAGUGCAUCUUGUGGGUAUAGAUAUUUUUAAUUCAAAGAAAUAUGAAGAUAUAUGUCCAUCAACCCACAAUAUGGAUGUGCCUUUUGUAAAGCGUGAAGAUUACCAGCUGACUGACAUCUCUGACGAUGGUUAUCUUUGUCUCAUGGCUGAUAAUGGAGACCUGCGUGAAGACCUUAAGGUACCUGAUGGAGAACUUGGUGCACAGCUGAGGGCUGAUUUUGAAGCUGGUAAAGAGCUGCUGUGCACCGUUUUGAAGUCCUGCGGCGAAGAAUGCGUUAUUGCCAUCAAAACUAAUACAGCUCUGGACAAAUAAUUUAUGCAAGCUGUCAGGGAAAAAAUAAUAAUAAUAUUAAAAAAGAAAUUACAUGAAAGAAGCAACGGUUGAUGCUAUGUGUACUACCAGGGCAAUUGAUGGGUGAGGUUUUUGUCACUGUUCCAUUUGCUAAACCAGUUCCAAAAUUUAAUAUAUAUUGUACCAUAGCUAUAAGAAAAACCAGACCAUCGUGGUAUUUCUGAAAUGCUUGUUUGAUUUCUUUAAAAUCCCACAUAUGUAUUAUAAUAAACUACUGAAUGAUUUGAAACAGUUACGUAUGAUAGUUUUGCUCUCCCCCUCCCCCAAAUGAGGAUGUGUUUGCACAUAAGGAGGUCAUGAAAAUAAUAAAAGGCUUGUGGAGCACGUUGUUUUCGUUGUUGGCCAUCCCUGCUUCCCAGCACAAUGUGCAUAUAGUGCUGUGUUGCUGCAGCUGUGACAUUAUACCCUGCCUGCCUCACCUGAAACCCUUGCCAGAAACAAAUCACUUUCUGUGGCCCCAUGUAUUGGAAAGAAUACAUUCUCAAAUGCUAUUAAUGUGUAUGUAUUUAACUCUGGGAUCUUGGUGAAGGAAGGAUUUUUCUCUUUGCAGUCUUUUUGUGGCAUCUUUUCUUUUUUUUAAGUCUUCAUAAUGCCAAUAUGCUUUUGCAGUACAAAUUGGUGUAAAAUUUCCCUCAAUUGCACCUGUAGGUUAUACAUGUACGGGGAUAAUCUUUGUUUGCAGUGUGGCUCAAUGUAAAAUCAGUGGUUCAGGAGAAAUGCAAGGGAACAUUUUGUUUGUUUAUGAAAUGUGAUAUGCAAUAUUAUGUACGUUCAUUUGUCCAACAAUUUUGUUUUGUGAAGUGGUUUAUUUGUAUUCUGUGAUUGAAAUUACCCUGAUAUGAAGUGGUUAGUAUAAUUACGACUAAUGCGUACUGGUAGGUAUUAACAUUAUUUGAAGAUACUUCUGCUUCAUCAUAUUGAUUGUUUUAAAAAUCUAUGCUGAAGAAAAGUGAGGGUUUAAGAAUAAAAAGUUAAUUUCCAAGAAAUAAGUGACUUCAUGAUUUCAUACUACUGUGCAAUACUGUGACCCCAUUGCUACAAAGGGUUGUAUUGGCUUUAAUAUGUUCAGUUUUAAAUCAGUUAUUUUUAAAGUUCGUUAGUAAACAAAUUGGAGCUUUCACAACUGUUGGGAAAUUUUAACAACUCAACUGAUGUUUCAAACGAGUUGAGUAUGGGCUUUGGUUAAUGGUGUUAAGUAGUGAUGGAAGCCAUCUGCCAGGCAUGCAACAAAGCUUGAAUCAUUUAUCUGGUCUUCAACUUAAAAUUAGAUUAGCUAGCCAUUUUACAUAUUUAUCAUUUCCCUUUUGUUAUUUAUAUAUUGUAAUUUUUCAUUGUGUAUUUACCGUGUAUAUUAGUCACUCCUUAAGCUAAAUUAAAAUUAAUAUGGAAGAUUUUUGACUUUCUUAUGAUUACAUUUUUGACAUAGUAUAUGCAGGUUAUGUAUUUCCAGGCAGGCAAUACCAUAAUGAAAUGGUUAAUACUUUGUAUUUUAUAGUUUGUAUAAGUCUUGCAUCUUUAAACAUUGCAUAAGGAGCGUAAUGAUGUAAAACCAGUUAAGACGAUACUUUUCAUGGUUUCAACCAGUCGUUGAGCUCUGUAUAAAAAAAAAUCAGGCUUUGUGGUGGAGAAAGAAUUGUGAAACUCAAUAACUUUUUAUGUAGAACCCAGUUCUUAUUCUUUUCAGAAUCAGAGUUUAUAUCAGGGUUUGCAUAACAUUGCAAUUAAAAUAGUGAAAUUCCCAUUUAAUCCUUGUAAGAUAAUAAGGAUAGGGAAACUUAGCCCUUUCAUGUUUAUACAUUGUGUUUUAAUUUGUAGUUGAAUGUGUGUCAUCUGAUUACCACCUAGUGAUGGUCUACGUUGGCUGAGUGCUACCGAUUAAUCUACAUAUAAGAUAAAAUUAGUCCCCUAAGAACAAUAAAAGUAACUCAUGUAGGUUGUAAGAGGUGCUGAAAACUAUAUUUGUUUAUGUGUACAUAUGCUGUAUAUAAUUUUGAAAGGUUGUGGUUGUUGCAAAGAAUUUCAUAAAGGUUUGGCAAACUGUCAUCAGUAAACAUGACAUUUUGUUGGGUUUUUUUUGACCAAAAGUGGCACAGUAGAUUUGACUUUUUUUUGCUGGGUUUGUGGAUGCCUGUUGAGCUUCGAAUUGUCUUUCAGAAAAAACUACCAUUGAAUUUCUUCCAAGACCAUAUUAUUCAUGCAAAAUAUAUGUUCCACAGCAUGUCGAACCACAUCCACUAACAGUUGUAGCUAUUAUCACUUAUGAGGGGCAGUCAAGAAGUUCCCAGAAUUGUGGUAUAGCACUAAUGGUUGGACAUAUGGCAACACUUAACUAAUCACCUUCAAAGUAGGACCUUUGCGCACACACACACUUGCUCCAUCGAUCCUGCCAUUAUUGGAAGCACCGGCGGAAGGCUUCGUUUGGAAUCUUCCGGAGUUCGGCCGUCGCAUUCGAUUUGAUGUCCUCCAUGGUUGCGAAACGCGCCCCCUUGAGGCCCAUUUUCAGAGUAGGGAACAGCCAGAAGUGACUCAGGGCGAGAUCCAGAGAUUAUGGUGGUUGGGUGAUGAUGGGAAUGCUUUUCUCGGCGAGGAAUUGCUGCACAACCAGCGAUGUGUCGGGAACUUCUUGACUGCCCUACGUAUGCUGUUCAACAUUAUUGCAACCACAUUCAUUUGUUUGCAUAUCCCUAACUGAAUGCAUAUUUGUAUAAGCAUGAACCAUUUCAAUGGCAUAGCAUCCAAUGCAAGUCUUACUACACUUGUGUCAGUAUGAUCUGGUAGCACUCAGUUGACGGUAGGCUGUUGCUAACUGGCAGCUUGAAGUGACAGAAACAUUGAACUGUGCAAGAAAAUAUGCUAUGGGUGGAGGAAUUCCAGCAGUGUGGUGAUUUGUUUCACGCAAUGCCUCGCUAAGAAAAAUUAAUAAAUGUACAGAAUUAACUACGACAUGAAUUUCAAAGCCAAUAUUUACAUUUUUUUCACACACAUUCAAAGAUGAAAUUGUUCUUUGAUAAAAAAAAUUACAGCAAUUUGUUGAAAAUCGAAAUACAACUGCUAAAAUUUUAUUUACUCUGAAAGGGUUAGGUGGAGGAAGAUAAUUUACAAAUAAUUUGGCUAUGGUCAUAGAAUUUUGGCAUGAUAAGAGGAAGACCUGAAAUACAGGGUUGUUAAAUGGGGAUUCUACUGUGUUUGAAUUUUGGUAUCACAAGUCUUUGUUUUAAUCUCAUUCGGCCUAAUAACAACAACUUCAUUCGAAGUUACUACACUGUGAUGCAGGUGUAUGAAGUAUUGAUACUAAAGCUUUGGUGUUUUAGUAAUUUCAGAUGUGUUGAAAGUUUAUUUUUUAUUAAGAACAAUUGUUCUUGCUCAUCACAUUUUCCCAGCAGUCAUAUCUGAAUUUUGUAUUUGUCUUUUGUAUUUAUUUUCAUUAUAAUUGUACCUUCGGGUGCUAGGAGCCCUGAACACUGUCAUUUCCAGCAGUGUCCAUUGACUAUACAGUAGCUUCAUUCUCCAGCCCAAGGCAGUCUCUGUUUACCUUGUACCAUGUGUAUUAACAAUUAUUAAUUGAUGGAUUUAAAGUUCAUAGUUCCAUGUGAUAAUCUGGCCAGUAUUUGGAUCAGAAAUAUAGGCUUACAUAAGCUAAUCUAAACAGGACGGUGUAUUUUUCUUCAUGCCAGAUGGAAUGGGUAUGCUGCCGUGACAAAUACCAGUCUUAUUUGUGAAAAGAGUGUACCACAUAAAGGUAACAUUGGCAUUUGGAGGUCUGUGACCAUUUUAAAUUAAGGCAGGCUCUUGUAAAAAUGGUUAUGAACCUAAAUGUUCCGCAAAAGGCAUGGAAUUUCUUGACUGGCAGAAUGAUGGCUACAUAAUUUUUCAAGUAAGACUGUCUAGUGAAGUUAGUGUAACCAGCACUUGUGUUCACACCUCACAAAUUAAAUGUCGUAUUUGUAUUGAUUACAGGGUGUUGAUAAUAGUAAGAUGGAGUAAUCUAAAAAAUACAGUGUUUCAUUUCACCUUGUAAUAUUGAUGUCUGAGAAUGAAUGGACAAAUGUUUUAGUUGUCGAUUAGUUUUGAACGAGGAACUGGUUUCUUUUUUAUCUUAAAAAUAACAAUCGUUUGGACUUGUUUUUUUUUUUUUUUACACUUUGAGCAAUAUCAAUUCAUCCGAUAGAUGAAGGUGUUCCUGAAAAUGACUACAGUACAUCUGUGAAGGAGGUUGUAGGUUGGCAAGUGCAUCACUUAACCCUUAUACUGCAGUGUUUAACUUUUGUCGAAUGCCUACAUUACCUUAUACUGUGAAGUGUGACUUCAGUCAAUAUAAAUAAUCUUAUACUUUAGUAGCAGCAUUCAAUUUACUGUCUGAACUGCAAAAAAGAAAAAAAGAAUUCUUGUUAUUCUUUAUAGUGUGAAGAGUUUAAAAUUGUAUGUAAAUGCUACAGGUCUGCCAUACUGUAGAAAGCUUUUAAGUGGUUAUAAAUUGUAAAAAAAUUCAUGAUUAUCUGGUUUGUAGGUAAGUUUUGUGAUUUUUCUCCACAUACAAAGUAACCUGAUCCUCAUAAGUAGUACAAAUUUUUAUUUUAAAAUUACAUUCUUCUACCAAAGCAACAAAAAAAAAUAAUGUGCAGCGUAAGGGUUAAUACACAAUUUAGUCUUGGUUAUGUAGCAUACGUUGGUUUAUUAAUAUCUGACUUUGGAUAAUUACUCUGCCAACUUGGCCAUUAGUUUCUUCUACUUCUGUAAAUGGUUUACCACAAGGAUGUUGAUAUUUGGUUUGAAGCUGCUAGAUAUGCUUUAUACUGAAGAUGGCUGUCUUCUGGGUUGUAAUGCUGUAUAGUCUGGUAGAUGAUCACACUGAUGAUGGAGGCAGCAAGGACUUCUGAACAGGGAUUUGUUGUGAUGAAAAUUAAAAUUGAUUGUGUGUGUGAGAUGAAUAAUUUUGGAGUGUUCUUGCUUGCCUCCGAUUGACUAGCCUAGAUAGUUGUGUGUUCCUUGAUGGAUUUGAAGAUUUAAAAAUUGUUAAUGAUUCCUGUUUUACAAUUAUGUAUGAUUUGUAUUUUGAAUAUCUGUAGUUCCUUUUUCAAUAGCUUGAAAACUACUGAUUUUGAAGGACUUUUGCUUUAUGUGAGAAAGUCCUCAUAUUUUUUAAAAAAAUUGCCGUGGUAGAAAAGUUGGUAGACGUUACAUCAGUGUUCUUCAAUACAGUUUUGUCCAUAUUGAAGAUGCAAGAAGAAAUGAUGCUAGUUUAUAAGAAAAUGAAAACUGCUCAGAGUUAAUCAUUAAAUCAUCAUAGCACUUCUGCUGACUGUUGAAUAAGGACUGGGGAAAAUAAAUCAUUUGUAUCCUUUG